CGUUUCUUCUCUGUUGCGUCUCCUACAUUGAGACUUGUGCAGGGGGAGAAUCCAUACUAGGACGAAGGUGCUGAAGAAAGCCGAACAGCGUACCUAAACAAAGGGAAGAAAAAGGGGGAGCUCAGAAAUGGCAACGAGUCUCUCAAGUAGAGCAGCUACUUCGCCAAGCCAAACCCUUGGUCUCUUCAGACUCUCAUUCAACUUCCUGCGGAGCUUGUCCACUUCUUCUCCUUCCACGAAAAAUCCUAGUGCCACCUCCACGGAUUCCAAUAAGCGCAGGCGAAGAAAGAAGAAAAACCUUUUCGAGGUCGCUCAGUUCCUGCCCAACUGGGGCCUCGGUUAUCACAUGGCUAAAACUCACUGGACAGGAGUUUCGUACGAGAUCACCAAGAUCAACCUUUACAAGGAUGGAAGGCAUGGAAAGGCAUGGGGGCUUGUGCACAAAGACGGCUUGCCAGCUGCAGAGUCUCCCAAGAAAAUAAGUGGAGUUCACAAACGAUGUUGGAGAUAUAUUCCAAGCUUGUCAAAAACAACGGACAGCACCCCGAAGUUAGUAAAACCAGCAGACAGUGCCCCAGCCGCUGAAGUUCAAGCAGCUUGAUGUGCCAGUUUCCUGAUACUUAUAUGUUCUGUUUCCUUUGCCUCGGUUCUUAUGGAUUCCCGAGACAUACACCGUUCCCUUUGGCGUGUUAGGGCUCUUGAAUCAGUCCUAGACAUAACUGAUGCCCACCAAUCCAGUUGCAUCCUUCUGUUUCAGAGCUAGCAUAGAUUUAUUAUGUGAGGGAGGAACUUUUUACCGUGGCAAUUGAUUUUGUUAAAGAUUUUCUGUUUUCAGACUGCAGUCUUUAGUUGAUCUUCCAACCCCUUGAAGCAAUAACUUUAGAAAAUAUGUUUAAUAAUUAUUUUGAUUUUUGAUUGAGUCGAAUUUAAUUAGUUUA